ACAAAGCGAGAAGAUGUCUCAUGUUGUAAAGAAGAGAAAAUUAGAUAAAAGCCGUCAGGACAGCCUGUACUUUGACAGCUACUCUGAUGUGACCAUUCACGAAGAAAUGAUAGCGGACCACGUGCGAACCAACACGUACCGCAUGGCUAUACUGAGGAACAGUGAGUGUAUUCGGGGUAAAGUUGUGCUGGAUGUCGGGGCAGGAACCGGCGUGUUGAGCAUCUUCUGCGCGCAAGCCGGUGCCAGGAAAGUGUAUGCGGUGGAAGCUUGCUCCAUAGCCGAGCAGGCGGAGAAGAUAGUGAAGCAGAAUAACAUGGAGGAAAAGAUCCAGGUGAUACGAGGCACUGUAGAGACGGUGGAUCUACCGGAGAAGGUGGAUGUGAUAGUGAGCGAGUGGAUGGGUUACGCGCUCCUACACGAAUCCAUGCUCAACUCGGUGCUUUACGCACGGGACAAGUGGCUACAACAGCCGGGCGGGGUCAUCCUACCUAAUAAAGCCGAACUCUACAUAACACCCAUCUGCGACCCGGUGGUGGAGGAUCGCUUACAUUUCUGGUACACCGUUAAAGAUCAGUACGGUGUCGAUAUGUCCUGCAUGUCUGACUUUGCCACUAAAUGCAUCAUGAACUCGGACAUCACUGUGAACUCUGUGACCGUGGAGGACGUGCUUUCGCAUCCGGCCCGGUUCGCAGAGCUAGAUCUGAACACGGUCACCGUAGAAGAGCUGAGGUCCGUGAAGGGCGACUUCACGUGCGAGUGUUUCGGCUCAGCAGCUGUGAACGCUUUCUGUGUUUACUUCACGGUCACUUUCCCCUGCCCGGACAAACCGGCGCUCGUGCUUUCCACGUCUCCGUUCAAACCGGAGACGCAUUGGAAGCAGGCCGUGCUGUAUCUGGACGUUCCGGUUGAUGUGGUGCAAGACACGCUGGUUACCGGAGAGGUUAGCAUGUAUCCAUCUGAGGCCAGCGCCAGACAUAUAUGCAUCCAUGUGGACUACACUAUAGGAGAGCAGAAAAAACAGUCCAAGACUUUUUCUAUUCCUGACUGGAGCUCUGAAGCCCAGACAUAGUGUGGUGACUGUGAACGCACCACCGUGUGACAGCCAGUUGAUCAGGCAGCACACUGAA